AGAGCAGAGGCAGUCCGGGUCCCCGCAGCAUUCAGUCGGAGAGGUACAGUACCGAGACUGUCACCGUUACUUCUCACUUAAGGUCAUUUUCAAGACGGAAACUUUUUUUCUUUUGCCACAAAAAAACUAAAAGAAAGAACGAAAAAGAAAAAACCUCAAAGCGGCAACAAGUAUUUUGGAAAUCCUAAGAGACGGAGAGAAACUUUUUUUUAUUUUUAUUUUUUUCUGGCGACGUCUAUGGGGAGGUCUGGCAAAAAAAAUCUGAAAAAAUAAAUUUAUAAAACAGGAGGUGGUUGAAGGAGAGAAAGAAAAAAAACAUUAAAAAAAAACAAAAAAAACAAUCGAGUCCACAAAAGGAAGAAGCUGCGCUCAGCUGCAUGGCUUGUUGUUGGUGAUUAAAAACAACAACAACAACAAAAGACGCUACCCUUCCAUACCUCCACGAGUAAUAAUAAAUAGAUGUGACUCAGUUUGGACGACCGUCUUCAGCCGACUCGACAGUGACUUGAGAUUCCUGCGAAGCAAUUGGGCUUCAACUCCCGACCGAGGAGGCGGAGUCUUAACUUAUUAAAAGGAACUUGCCGCGGCUUGGACGCCUGCAAAUAUGAUGAUGAUGUCUCUGAACAGCAAGCAGGCUUUUGCUAUGGCCCACACCAGCUUGCCCGAGCCCAAGUACUCCUCGUUGCAUUCCUCCUCGUCCUCCACUCUGACUUCCAAUGCGCCCUCGUCCUCCUGCUCGUCCUCCCGACACAGCAGCACCAUCAUCAGCAGCAGCGGCAGCAGCAGCAGCUCGGAGGCGAUGCGCAGAGCCUGUCUCCCAACCCCACCGAGCAAUAUAUUCGGAGGCUUGGAUGAGAGUUUGUUGGCCCGGGCUGAAGCUCUAGCGGCGGUGGAUAUAGUCUCGCAGACCAAGAGCCACCACCACCCUCCACAUCACAGUCCCUUCAAGCCGGACGCGACCUACCACACCAUGAACACUCUCCCCUGCACGUCGUCUUCCUCCUCAUCCUCCUCGGUGCCUAUUUCUCAUCCGUCCGCCUUGGCCGGCCACCAUCACCACCACCACCACCACCACCACCACCAGCCCCACCAGGCGCUGGAGGGGGACCUGCUGGACCACAUCACCCCGGGACUGGCGCUGGGAGCCAUGGCAGGGCCGGAUGGCUCGGUGGUUUCCACGCCUGCGCACCCUGCCCACAUGGCGGGCAUGAACCACAUGCACCAGGCGGCCAUCAACAUGGCUCAUGCCCACGGGCUACCACCGCACAUGGGCAUGAACGACGUGGACGCCGAUCCCAGGGACUUGGAAGCCUUCGCGGAGAGGUUUAAGCAGAGACGGAUCAAACUCGGGGUUACCCAGGCGGAUGUAGGGUCAGCGUUAGCCAGUCUGAAGAUUCCUGGGGUGGGCUCCCUCAGCCAGAGCACCAUCUGCCGAUUCGAGUCCCUGACGCUCUCUCACAACAACAUGAUCGCUCUGAAGCCCAUCCUGCAAGCGUGGCUAGAAGAAGCCGAGAAAUCACACAGGGAGAAACUUAAUAAACCCGAGUUGUUCAACGGCGCGGAGAAAAAGCGGAAGCGCACGUCGAUAGCGGCGCCGGAGAAGAGAUCACUGGAGGCCUAUUUUGCCAUUCAGCCGCGUCCCUCCUCGGAGAAAAUCGCAGCAAUCGCAGAAAAGCUGGACCUGAAAAAGAACGUGGUGCGGGUCUGGUUUUGCAACCAGCGGCAGAAACAGAAACGAAUGAAAUACUCAGCAUGCGUCUAGAGCCGCCAGCAGCCUCCUGGAAAGAGACUUGGAACUGUUUAGAGAUGAUUUGUAUCAUAUUUCCUAUCUCACACCUUUUUUUCAAUCAUCGAUGACUUUGUGCUUUGAACAAAAAAAAAAAAAUCUAAAAAUUUGAACACUGACUGAAAAAAAACCUCGAGAAAAAAAGCCACCCACCCCCCCAAGUCACGUCUUUCUACUCGCUGAGAGGGAGGCGUGGAGUGAAGAGUAGAGCAUCGUUUGACAGAGCAAGUAAGACCACUGUUUCCACACUUACUAUGCUUCACCUUUUUAAUGCCAACGCAGUCUGAUUUACAGGACUCUAUGCUUUUCAUUUUUAUUUAUAAUUAACUUCAAAUGGUGACUAUAGUUUUGCGUUAGAGCCCAGUGAAAAUAACAUGUCUUUAUUAUUAAUAUUAUUAUUAUUUUAAAUUGACGCACAGCGGGGCUAUUUGACUCAGAGCACUUGGUUUUGGUGACUAUUGGUGUUUUCCAUUUUUUGGCUUAUAGGAUUAAGCUACAUUUGCAGUCUGACAUUUUAUUCAGGGUCCAUGAGGGGAUUUUAAAGAGGACAAACACUCGGUCUUGAAAGCUAAUAUUAGAUUACUGCCAAAUAACCUUCUGUAAAUGAAUAAUUUACUCGUCACACACUUCAUUUUGUGUCUAAAUGUGUAAUUAAUUCCAUUUAUUUUGUUACCAUGUGUGAUCAAAGUCAGGGAUCUAUUUUCCAGAUACCUGCUAGGGUUAUUAUUAGGCCUCAGUAUGUGGAAUUUAUCGAAAUAGGAGAUUCACUUGUAAGGAUUUUACAGUUUUUUCGCAAUUUAAAAGGGAAAAAAAAUAAAUAUGAUUUCACGCCGGCUCCAAUAAGUUUCCAAUCCAGCGUGGGCCGGUGUCUUAUGAAGUAUUUAUUGAGUGAGGUCAUGUUUACUUCAUUAUAUAUUUAUUGGGAUUCCCCCCCUCCUCGUUUUUUUUUUGUUUUUUUUUUUUUUUUCUUGAGAAAAUCAAAUUCUGACAGCAAGUUGAGCGUGUUGUUCUGGUUUUAAAGGGAAACGACUGUGAAAUGUACACAGUCACAAAAUUUUUAACGUUUGAGAUGGUACAAUCGAGAUAUAGCCUAUAUGAGAUAGUAUUCUCUUUUUAAACUUAUUUUAUGUAUGUUUUCUGCUAUUUAUUUGUAUAAAUAUACGCAUCAUUAUGAAGUCGUUGCUUGUUACAAAAAAUCACCUUGUUUAAGUAAUGUUUUUCUUGAAGAGAAAAAGAAACAGCUUCAUGGAAGUAUACGUGUAAAAUGUAAAUAUUUCAUUGGAAUCAGUCGAUGCACAUAAAUAUAUCCGUACAGGUUUUUACUGUAUUGCUGUUUUAGCUGAGGUAACUUAUUUCUGUAUUGUAUGUUUCCUUUUUUGGUUCCCCUGGUUAAAUUAUUCUAUUAAUUUAUUACAUCCAUGUAAUUUUAAUUUAUUUAAUUAUUGAACUGCAAUAUGUGUUUCAUUAAAGAACAAACUUUAACAUUUAA